GAGAAAUACCAAUUAAGCAUCUAGAUCAGAAGACGAGCUUGAAAAACUUGGGGGCGUGGGUUACGUGGGCUGCGGUGAAGAAUUGAAUGCCAAGAGUGAAAAAGAGAGCCCGGGUAAGACUGUGGCAAGGAAAUACAGGGAAAAGAUCUCUGACUAAGGACUUUUCCAAGCUUAGCCAGAUUCCUUUUCACCAACGCCAGACCCUACGUGCAGUAAGUCAUUGCUUGAAUGUGUCUACUACAACAACACAGGUGGCUGAAGGAGAAAAGGAUAAAAAGACAUUUCAUGACUGUUAUGAUUGCAUUCACAUUGAUGAAAAGUGGUUUAAUUUGAGCAAGCCCAAAGCAACAUUCUACACACUGCCUGGUGAAGAUGACCCAUACAGAACCACUCAAUCUAAAACACACAUUCCCAAAAUAAUGUUCCUGGGAGCUGUGGGUAGGCUAAGGUUUGGGGUGGAUGGUGAAGUUAUAUGGGAUGGAAAAAUUGGCAUUUUUCCAUUCACUUUUGAAGAGGCUGCUAAAAGGGCUAGCAAAAAUAGGCCAGCUGGUACCAUGGAAAUCAAAGCAGUACCAAAAAUAACAAGGGAUGUAAUGAGAUCCAUGAUUAUUCAGCAGUUGCUGCCAGCAAUAAGGGCCAAGUGGCCAGGGACAAGCAAGCACGUUAUCAUACAACAGGAUAAUGCUAAACCACAUAUAAAUAUUAAUGAUCCUGAAUUUGUGAGUGCUUCAAAGGAAGGUGAUUGGGACAUUCAACUACAGUUUCAACCCCCAAACAGUCCAGACUUAAAUGUCCUUGACCUUGGUUUCUUUAGGUCAAUAGAUGCUUUGUCAGACAAGACUGCACCAAGGUCAAUGAGGGAGUUGAUCACCAAUGUGACGAUGUCUUAUGACCAACUCACAGCCCAGACCUUAAAUAAUGUUUUCCUUACCUAUCAGGAGGUAAUGGGUGAGGUCCUUAAGCAGAAAGGGGGAAAUGACUAUAAAAUACCACAUAUGGGCAAAGAAAGGUUGGCCAGGGAAGGAAUGCUGCCUGAGAACAUACAUGUGGAUGCUCAAGUCUAUGAAGAUGCUGUCCAGUUCUCAGAAAGCAACACUUAAGGGCCAAAGGAGAGUACUUUUGUGUAACUCUUUUUUUGGUUUGUACUUGUACACACAACAACACACUUUUUUUUGCUUUUUGGUAGUGUUUAGUCAUAGUGUGCAGGCUUGUGUAAUAAUGUGGUACCAGAUCC